CACCAAAUCCCUUACCUCUUUUCCUUCUCUCUCUCUUAUUUUUCCAUGGAAACAAUCAAGAACCAAAGUCCCACGCCCUCCUCAACCCUAGCCAUGCACAAGAAUUCACAUAUGAUAUCAAAACCAAAGCCCAAAAUCCGCAUAAUUCACUUAUUUGCACCGGAGAUCAUCAAGACCGACGCCGACAACUUCCGGGAAUUGGUGCAGAGGCUCACCGGAAAGCCAACACAUGAAAAGGGUUACAAGAAGAAAGCAAGAAGAGCUGAAACCAGAUGUAACUUCAGUGAGAAGCUACCGCCGGUGGUGGUGACGGGGCCGACCAAGAAAAUGGAGGCGAUGAGAUCGGAGAGGAUACCAAAGGAAGAAGAAGGGAUGUGGAAUGGUGAGAAUUCAGGUGAUUUUCUAAAUGGGUUUGGAGAUUUGGAAUUUGGGUUUAUUCAAGAGCUUGGUGAAUUUCCUUUGCUUCCUUUGGAUGCCUCACACUUGAAUGGAUUUGAAGAAACUCAUCAAUUGGCCUAGCUAAUCAUGAGAUCAAUUAAUGUUUUCUUUUAGUAAAUGAUUAAUUGAAUU